AUGCUCAGUCCGGCAUUAUUAAAAGUUUCUGUGGAAAGAGAUCGGAGGCAAUCUGUCUUGUAUGUCAAAGAUGAAUUUGGACAAGUACGUAGACGAAAGUCUACUGGAAUAUUGGAAGGAUUGGAAGAAGAUCCUCCUGUUCAGCGUCUUAACUCCAUAACACUUGAUCAUCGACGUCCAUCUUUACUUCUCAUGACCGAACCAUCAUCAGCUGGAAAGAUACGCAGACAUUCAAGCAGUACUUCUGAUCGAAGUAAUUCAAAAAAUCAAAUACAUGAAGUGUCAACUCAUCAGUAUACGGAAGAUCCGACAUUAGCAUGGGAGAUGCUUCGUGAAAAACGACCUGUGAAGCCUGUUCGACAGAUGAAACUUGAUACACCCAUUAAGCCUGAUCAUGUUCGAUUUGUUUGUAUCGGUUGUACACAUGGCUUCAGAUUAGAUCCUAACACUAUCCCACAUGGAGAUGUUCUUUUGAUUGUUGGAGAUUUCACUACAUGUGGACUUCCAAAAGAAGUAUAUAGUUUUAAUAAAAACUUAGCUCAGCUUAAGCAUUCUUACAAAGUAGUUAUUGCUGGUAACAAUGAGUGUACAUUCGAUGAAGGAUUUUUACGAUCAUCAAAUCGUGAAACGGAAGCUAAAGAAAUGGCUUUGAAGCAGGCGUUACAAACAGCUUUAAAUUCUGCAAAGCUCUCAUCACCUAAGCCAUUGAUCACAAAUGGAAUAUAUUUAGAAGAUUCAGUGAUAGAGUUGUUUGGUAUCACUAUAUAUGGAUCACCAUGGCAGCCACGUGUAGACAAUUGGGCGUUCAAUUUACCGCGUGGGCAAGCUCUGCUUGAUAAAUGGAACCAGAUUCCAGCUGGUGUUGAUGUACUCUUAACACAUACACCUCCUGUUGGACAUGGUGAUAUGAUGUCAAACGGUCAACGAAUGGGAUGUGUUGAGCUUUUAAAUUCAGUCACAAAGAGAAUAAAACCCAAAUAUCAUGUAUUUUCUCAUAUUCAUGAAGGAUAUGGUUGUACAUCUGAUGGAUAUACGAAAUUCAUUAAUUGCAGUCAAUGUAAUGAAAAUUUAAAUUUGAAAAAUGAUCCAAUCAUCUUUGAUAUUCCUGUACAUCCACAUACAAAACAGUUUUAUCUUCAAAAUGUUAAAAAAAUUUUAAAACGAUUUCAAAAACAAGAAAAAAAAUGA